AGAAUAGAGAUCUUUAAAUAAACCUUGUAUGAAAACCGUUAAGGGCUAGUUUAAAAACUAUAUUUUCUCAUUGAAUUUUUAUUUUUUUUAGAAAAAUGAACUAAUUUUCCUUGGAAAAAUAAAAGACUCUAGGAAAAUGUAGUUUCUAAACUAAUCCUUAAAUAAAAAAUGGGCUAAGAAAAUACUAUACAGCAAGUUGCUAUAUCUUUGUUCUGUCCUCCUUCCGUUGGCGUAUCAUGUUCUGCACCUAUUCCUCUGUACUCUGUACGGGUCCUGUCCGGCUGUGAGGCUGUCCACCAGCCAGACUCCCUGACCCUGCGAAAACACUUCACCUGCUAGUACAAGACGGCAGUCGCGAUUUGCAAACGUACGUGAUAGGACACUGACACCCCAGUCGCUUGAUGCAUCCACUGCGUUCUCCUACCAAACCAAACCAAACCAAACCGAUCAAGGCAAAGGGGCGGUGAGUCGGUGACCGCCGGCGACACCACGGACGGGGACGGCCGGACCAAACCAAGCGGAUGACAACGGCGUCGCGGUAGCCCCCGCCCUGUCGGGCCGUGGGGUCUGCGGGCCCCGCGCUACGCGACACGGGACGCCCCGCUCCGUCAGGCGUCAGUCACCGUCCCGUCCGUCCGUCCGUCCGUCCCCACGGCUUUCUCCCACUCCGCUCGCGGCUCGCGGUCGCACGCAGCGCUUCCCGUAUCCGGAUCCAGCCGGGGCUGGCUGCCCGCGGCGCCCGCCACGUGGCCGCCGCUCUCCCGCGCAUGUCGGCGGGCGCUAGCUGUCCUGUCCUCGUCGGUCGCCGCCCCAUCCCGUAUCCCGAUGCCCGCCCGUCCGGUCGCUGCCCGCCUGGCGGCGCGACACGCGGCACAGCUGACACUGGCGAGGGCGGCCGCCGGCCGGGCUGUUCGGUCGCGGCGGCUGGGGCCUUGGCAGCGCAGGACUCGUUACGGCCGCCGCCGCCGCGGCGGGGUCAGACAGAUGCGGUGCACGUAACGUAAGCUGGAUACGCACCCCCGGCUGCGCUCACCCACUCGCGCCCGCGAAAAAUCCUGCCACGCCCUCCCACCAACUCACGGCCCACGCCACGCUUAACCCCCACCUGGCCGUCCGCUUAAUCCCCAAGUAUUUAUAGACCCCAGCGCUCAUAGACGCAAGAGAAAGAGUCAGAGACACACACACACGCAGACGGACGGACCACUAGCAAACAGCAGCGCCCCACGAUCAGCACCCCUGCCGCCGGGGCAAACUGCUGCUGCUGCCGAUCCGGUCCGGGGGAUGGAGAGGGACGCCACAGCCUUCUGCCCGCCGCCCCAGCCCGCCCCGGCUCCGGCGUCGCAUGCGGCGGUGCUGGGCGCCGGUGUCGCGGUCGCGGUCGCGCCGGCGGCAGGGAACGGCCGCGGCGGCGGCGGCGGAGGGAAGCAGUACCGCGGCGUCCGGAUGCGCAAGUGGGGCAAGUGGGUGGCGGAGAUCCGCGAGCCCAACAAGCGGUCGCGGAUCUGGCUCGGGUCCUACUCCACCGCCGAGGCCGCCGCGCGCGCCUACGACACGGCCGUCUUCUGCCUGCGCGGCCGCGCCGCGCGGCUCAACUUCCCCGACCAGCUCGACGGCGCGCAGGCGGCGGCGGCGGCGGACAGCACGGAGGGGGCGCGCAGGAACGGGGCCGGGCUCACGGCCGCCGCCAUCCGCAAGAAGGCGGCCGAGGUCGGGGCCCGCGUCGACGCGCUCCACUGCGGCGCCGGCGCUGGCCUAGCGGGCGGCGGCGCCUCUCCGCUGCUGCUGUCCCACCGCCGUCGACCCAAGAACCCCGACCUCAACCGGGAGCCCACCCCGGACACCUCGGACGACGAGUAAAGCGGGGCUAGUUUUUGUCGCCGUUCUUCGUCCUCCUCGGUCUACCAGUCCCUACUCCCUAGCUACAUAGCUGUAGCAGAUAGAGCAAGCAACCAGGUGGACCCAGGAGGCCAGGACACACGGAGGGGCGCGGGAGGUCCCGGUCGCAGCGCAAGGUGUUCGAUGGGCUGCGGAUGAGCUCCAUCCAAUAAUGGAGUCGCGACGUCGACGUCAGGGCCGGAAGCCUAGCCUAUCGUGCGAGCUCUCCCGGUCUCCCCGUAGCAGGGUGACACUGACAGACGGGUGCGUGCGGGCGGGCGGGCGGGCAUGUAGCUCAAGCAAGACGGCUAUGUACCUCUCAGCCUUGGCAUAAAGACGUGUAAAGGAAAACAUAUAUAUAUACUCCCCGGCAAGCAAGAUGUGUUUUUUCACUGACGGA